AGCAUCACUUCAGAGAGUGAAAGUUCUUAGAGAGAAUUUGUUAGCAUGCAAGUCAUUACUGCACUGCAAGAGGGAAGAGUUGAAAAAGUAUUGGAUGGAUGGCUUGGAGUACAAUGAAGUUUUAAAUCUUUUAGACAGAAUAGAUCAAGUGAAAAAUGUCCCUGAACAGAUUGAGAAAUAUAAGAAAAAGAAAUAUUACCUGCAUGCAACAGAGCUUCUUGUGUCUACAGUUUCUCUACUAGAAGGAAGUUUGUCUGGAGUGGAAGCAUUGAGACAUCUUCGUCUUGAUUUACAGUCACGCAAAAAGGUGGAGCAUGAGUUGCUGAUUAAAGAAUUGACCACUCAUCUGUAUUUGAAGUCAGAGAAAAGCAGAGAAAAGAGAGCAAAAUUGGUGGCAUACAUGACAGACAGUGCUGCUUUGGCUGUAAAAGAAUCAUCGUCCAGUAUUGGGUCAUCUGGAGGACUCUUUAAAAAAUCCCAUUCCCGCACUGCUUCAAGAUCAUUUAAUCUUUCUGAAACAAUAUCUUCAGAUGAUUCUCUUUCUUCAACUGAGGUCACUGAAGAUCUCAAUACUGACCCUGAGGCUGACAGUAAUCACUUCAUGAUCGUGAUCAUAGAGUCCCUAUCUCUUCUUGGGAAGAUCCCUGAAGCACUAGAGGCAAUCAAAAAGCGAAUGAAGAUAGAGAUGUCAUUAAUUAUCCAUAGGGCUACAACUCUUGUUACUAAGAGGAUUGGACAACCUGGAGAGAUCAUACUUCAACAGAAUCAGCCUCAUUACCUUUUGGAACUCUUAGAAGUGGUGUUCGACUUGUUCAGAGCCGUGGCUCAUGCACAUGAUACAAUUCUUUCUGCAAUCCACCGAAUCAUUAAGACGUCAGAUACGCCGAUUGAUUUAGGAGAUACAGACAUUUACACCAUUGACGAUGUUUGGUCUGAGAUUCAAUUUGCUAUCCAAGUAUUGCUGGGUGACUACUUAGAUGUUCAAAACACUGCAACACAACAAACUUCAGUGAGCUUUACUGAGUCAUCAAGUGAUGUGGCAGCAUUCUUUUCUCUUAGAAGAAGAGGACCUCUGAAGUCUGAUGAACGGACCCCACUGUAUCGUUUUGAAGGUUCCUCGUCAGCUAUCAGUAUGAAUACGUACAUCCGGGAGAGGCGCCAAGAAUGCAUGGCUGGUACUGCGAAUGAAGAUGACGAUGACACUUAUGGAGUGCCGCUACACAACACCAAGCCACAGCUGUUAUGUAAACCAAACCCAAGGAACAUUACAGUUGUCUUCUGCCCUCUGAUGUCCUUUGUCGGUGAAAUAGAAUCAGCCAUUAAGAUACACGGAGAGAUGAGAUGCACUCUAUAUGGUUUUAUCACCGACUACGUGAAGGACAUUUUUAUUGAGGACAUCCUCUUUCAUAUUCUUGAGAAGUUGAAAGAAGUAACCGAAGACACGGACACAUUUCGAAGGACCACUGAUGCAAACAUUUUGAAGCUCUUGGGAGCAAACAGACCCCUUCUACAGAGCACUGCGACUGUAGAACAACUGAUACAGGAUCUUAAGAAUCUUAUGCACAGCUUACCAAACUACUCGCCUCAGUUUGUUGAAAUGGUUUGCAAAAUGCUGACGAUUUUCAAGAAUCGGUGUUAUGAGACAUACAAAGAUCUGCUGAAAUACAGCAUGGAUGGUGACAGACACACUCGUGUUUUCAGCGCCAACUGGACCAAAGACGAAGACAUCAGUCGCUGCUUGAGGUCCUUACCAAACUGGCCUGGCCUUCAACAACAUCACUCGCAUCGACAAAGACAGGAAGAUGGAGAACAAGAUAUUGAAGCUGCAAGGAAACGAAAUCAAAAGGAGACGGACAUACUGACUGACAAUCUGGCCAAGCAUCUUCUGAAUGAUUCUGAAGUGUUGUUUGAAACACGUGAUCACAGAACACUGGCAAACCUUCAGGAGAGCAUGGAGUGGCUGGCAGGUCACAUACGGGGUUUUACCACAAGCUUAACCGCGCAGUCCACAGGUAUAAGUCUUGUCACAACCGAGUCACAGGAGAGAAUUAAACCACGAGAUGUGCACGACGGCUAUGGAUUUGCUUACGUUUAUGGUAGAAAUUGGCAAGAAAUCCCCCCAGUCUCCCAGGAAAUCCUACAAUCACUUACAACGCUAGCAGAAGAUUUUCAGAAAAUCUCGGACUCUUGCUUGCUAGUGCUUCAUCUGGAGAUUAGAUGCCAUUGCUUUUAUUUCUUGAUGCGGACUGUACAAGAGUCUUACAUGUGCAAUUCAAACGCUAUGGACCCUGAUAAGAACGUGAAUGACUUGAACAAGAGUUUGUCAUCGUUUGAGGAAAUUGCAACUGCUUGCAUGGGAAACUACAAGUUUAGAUACCUGUUUGAGGGAGUGGGAUUCCUCGUAUCUUCUAUUCUCAUCUCAAACGUUUCGGAGAUUAAGAGGAUUAACCAAAACGGAAUUAAGAAGAUGUGCCGUACUAUCUUCGCUAUUCAACAGAACUUGACAAACAUUACCAUGUCUCGGGAGGGGGACCUGGAUCGAGCCAGACAGUAUUAUGAACUGUUAUACUCUAACCCAGAUGAAAUCUUAACGUCUAUUGAGGAGCAAGACGCCAAGUUUUCCAAAAGGGAGUACAGUGACCUUUUGUCACUGCACGCUCGUAGUCAGGCGGUCCGAGAUAAUAGUGCGCAUGAACAGCGAAUGGAAAGACUUAAUAAAAUCUUCUACAACUAGGUCAAAAUGGAAGAAUAAUCGCUAAACCCACUUUCAAAUCUGCAACAAAAUAAAAAAAAACUGUAGUGGAAGUGUUAAAUCAUUGAAAUGUAACUUUCUUAGCCAAGUUUUGAAAAUUGAAAUUUUUUUACCUGUAUGUUUUGUUUUGUUUUGUUCUUCUCCGUGAGGCAAAGCCAACUAUAUGACGAGUUUCAUUUGAUAAACUCCUCAUUAAGAUUUUUUAGACGGUGGAAUGUGCAGAUUUCAAUCUAAUCUCCAAAAUUCAAUGAAAAUCAGUUAGGUUUGUUCGUUGGCACAAUUGCUAUAUAGUAUAAUUAAUUCAAAGCAAAUACACGCUCAUUUUUCAAACCGUUGAAACUUUUCUACGUGUAAUGUGCAUCUAGGUGUCGUAAAGGAUUCAAUUUGUUGAGAACUUUAGCAAAAAA